AUCAAAUUUGGUUCUUGCACUGACCACUCAGCACAAAGAAAGCAAAAAAAAAAAAAAGAAGAAGAAAAAAGCUUCAAUCUUUGUGAAAAAAUGGCAGAAAACAAGGAAGAAGAUGUUAAGCUUGGAGCUAACAAGUUUAGGGAAACUCAACCAUUAGGUACAGCAGCUCAAACAGACAAAGAUUACAAAGAGCCACCACCAGCUCCAUUGUUUGAACCAGGGGAGUUGUCAUCAUGGUCCUUUUACAGGGCUGGUAUUGCAGAGUUCAUGGCAACUUUCUUGUUCUUGUAUAUCACAAUCUUGACUGUUAUGGGUCUUAAGAGAUCUGAUAGUUUAUGUUCUUCAGUGGGUAUUCAAGGGGUUGCUUGGGCUUUUGGUGGUAUGAUCUUUGCUUUGGUCUACUGUACUGCUGGUAUCUCAGGAGGACACAUCAACCCAGCUGUGACCUUUGGUCUUUUCUUGGCAAGGAAAUUGUCCUUGACCAGGGCUGUUUUCUACAUGGUGAUGCAGUGCCUUGGUGCAAUCUGUGGUGCUGGUGUUGUGAAGGGCUUCAUGGUAGGACCAUACCAAAGACUUGGUGGUGGUGCUAAUGUUGUUAACCCUGGAUACACCAAGGGUGAUGGCCUUGGUGCUGAAAUUAUUGGCACCUUUGUCCUUGUUUACACUGUUUUUUCAGCCACUGAUGCCAAGAGAAAUGCCAGAGACUCACAUGUUCCUAUUUUGGCACCACUUCCUAUUGGAUUCGCAGUGUUCUUGGUUCAUUUGGCCACCAUCCCCAUCACCGGAACUGGCAUCAACCCCGCCAGGAGUCUUGGAGCUGCUAUCAUCUACAACGACGAGCAUGCAUGGAAUGACCACUGGAUCUUCUGGGUUGGACCAAUGAUUGGAGCUGCUCUUGCUGCUAUUUACCACCAAAUAAUUAUCAGAGCUAUGCCAUUCCACAGGUCUUAAGUUAUCUGUCUUUAAACAAUGGGAUUCUCAAAGACUCAACAGUGUACUUUUGUCUUCUUUUUUUGGGGGGUUGAAUGUUCAAGUUUCUCCUUCAAUGUAUUUGUAAUGUGGAUCUGUUCCUUCUGUUAAGAUGUUCUAUUAUGUGUGUAAAUUAUCAGGUUAUGAUAAUGUAAUGUACCUUAUCAAUGAAGGUUCUUUAUUUUUAUCUUUGAA